GCACCUAACGCUUGUCUGGGGACUACGGGUUCCCCAUAGACACAAAUCGUCGUUGCUGGACCGUCGAUGGUCUUUUUGGUAUUGAUGCGAACUCACGGCUCCGCGGCUCGCGCUCGCCCUCUCCACCACAGCGAGCCGGUCGUUCGGGAACUCUGGGCCGUGCUGUGAGCUGUCCGUCCACGGCGUGGCCAGAGCGGCCAGGCGCGGCGGGCGAGCGGGCGGUGCGGGCGCUGCUGCCCCCUCGCGGCCACCACAGCAGUCGCUGUGCCGCGUGGCAACAGGCUCUCAGCGGCAGCGGCGGCUUGCGGAGCGGUGCGGCUGGCGAGGGCGGUCACGAGAGUGGGACGCCCAGCGAGAGGCGGUGCGUGAGAGUGGGGAGUUGGUGAGAGUGAGUGGAGUGUAGAGUGAGACUGGCGAGGUCACGUGACGGGUCAGGAGUGAGCUGAAGAUUCUUUUGUUGAUUUGAAGACAGUCUCAAUGCGCGUGCCGCUGACUCGGUGUCUCCUGGGCUCCUUGCGGGGCCAGCCUGGCCAGGCCCGAGCCCUGUUCACCCUCCAAGACCACUCCAAGAAGCCCAGCUCUGUGCCCCUCACCAAGGAGUCGUUCAAGCAGCUGCGGCGCGGCGACUUUGCCGAGGCGACGCCCGACGACCUCAGCAAGCUGAAGGAACUUGUGAAAGGACGCAUCGAAACCGACAAGGAUGACCUGCUCAAACAUAACUGCGACUGGAUGAGGACAUUGAGAGGCUCCUCGCCGUGCGUGGUGUUCCCCAAGACCACGGAGGAGGUGUCUGCGGUGCUGAAAUACUGCUCCAGCAGGCGACUGGCCGUCGUUCCCCAGGGCGCCAACACCUCACUGGUCGGUGGCAGCGUCCCGGUGUUCGACGAGGUCAUCAUUAGCACCAAGGAGCUGGACGAUAUCAUCGAUAUUGAUGCUGAUGGCGGCACCCUGUCGUGCGAGGCCGGCUGUUCGCUGAAGACCCUGGAGAAGAAGGCGCGCAAGAAGCACCUGUUCUUCCCGGUGGACCUCUACAUCCGGGAGGCUCAGAUUGGAGGCGUGGUGGCGGCAGAUAUGGCCGGACCGCGCACCGCCCGAUACGGAAACCUGCACGGGAAUGUGCUGGGCCUGGAGGUGGUACUACCGGACGGCACCGUCCUCAACUCCAUGUCCAACAUGAGGAAGGACAACACCGGCUUCGACCUGAAGCAAAUGUUCGUGGGCUCCGAGGGCAGUCUGGGCAUCAUCACAAAGGUGUCAAUGGCGUGUCCUCCGCGUCCCAAGUUCAUCAACGUGGCCAUGGUGUACACGGAAAGCUUCGAUCACGUGCUGGAGAUCAUGCGGUUGGCCAAGGAGCAGCUCGGAGAAAUCAUGUCCGCCUGCGAGUUCAUGGACAACGACGCGGUGAUGUCGGUGAAGCAGAAGCACCUGACCAUGUGGGGCGUGCCUAGCAAGCCCUACUACGUGCUCAUCGAGACGGCCGGGCACUGUGACAUGCAUGACGAGGAGAAACUGAAGUUCCUCUUCAACCUGCUCAAGGACAAGGAUCUGAUCAUGGACGGCCAGAUCGGGCCGCUCAACUAUGACGACCCCACCUUUGUCGAGCGUCUGUGGAACAUAAACGGCCGUAUUCUGACGGCGCUCUCGUCGACCGGCAACGUCUACCACUACGACGUGUCGAUGCCGCACAGCAUGCAGUACCCGCUGGUGCAGAAGCUGCGCCAGGAGGCCGGCAGCGACAUCACCAAGGUGGCCAGUUUCGGUCACCUGCUGGACGGCAACCUGCACAUAGCGCUCCAGUCCGAGUCGUUCUCUGCCGACACGCUGGACCGGCUGGACCAGCUCAUCACGGAGAAUGUGACGGCAGCCGGCGGCGCUGUCUCGGCCGAGCUCGGCUGCGGCUUCAAGAGCAGGAACCUGGGCGCCCACUGCAAGGACCCGGUGGAAAUGAAGCUAAUGCGAGACGUGAAGAAGAUGCUGGAUCCGCAGGGUAUCAUGAACCCCUACAAAGUCUUCCCGGACAGCCAGUGAGGGAGUUAAUCGGUCCACGGAGUUUCGUCCGACCACCGCCAGGCGGCAGCACUGACCACAGAGAUCGCGCGAGACUGACGUAUUUUUGCAAGAUAUACAUGGUGGUGUAUUUUUACUGAGAGUUUCGGUCUCUACUGCCGUCCGGUGAAUUCCUUGGGCAGUGACGAGGGAGUGGGUGGCUGUUACGGAAUGUGCAAGUGUGUGAGAUUUUGAUCGAAGCCUUUCCAGCCUUUCGGUGGUGAGAGGCGCUUCCAAGUGGUGCGUCGUGGAGCGCACCAGCGGUGGUGACUGUUGUUUGUAGUGCGAGUGUGGUGUUGUGAGGUAUGAAGCUGUGUCCCUGGGUGGUGUUGACUGAUUGUUCCGCGGCAGUCUAGUGUCGCACCAUGUGCCGUGUCCUGAGGUAGCACGAAAUAGGUAUCUCUAAGGCUGGCGGUGGGUGCAGGGCCAAGAAGACCGUUGGGUGCAGGGUGAGACUGAACGGCCGCCGGGACGGAGGUCGGCAGCUCCCAGGGAUGACGUUUAGACAAUACAUGUAACAACUAGUCGGCCGAUAA